UCAAUCUGUUUCAGGGUGGUUUUUGAAUUGACGUCAACAAUGGAUAUCGAUUGGGUUCAUUACCUAAAGGGUAUGUUGAAACCAAUUGCGGCACUCACAGUGGUUUUAAUGGCAGUGGCUCUGUCUUACUUCCAGAAGCUUGGGUUGGGGAAGGAGAUGCUCUACUCUAUUACAAGGGCUUUUCUUCAGUUGUCUGUGAUUGGUUUCGUGCUUCAGUUCAUUUUCAAUCGGAAGAACGGAUUUUGGAUUCUCGGAGCUUACUUGUUCAUGAUCUCCAUUGCUGCUUACACGGCAGGCAAACGUGCAAAACAUGUACCACAUGGGAAGUACAUUGCAGGAGCAUCUAUUCUGACUGGAACAGCAGUGACAAUGUUCUUGCUUGUUGUGCUGAAUGUUUUCCCUUUCACACCACGGUACAUCAUCCCUGUUGCAGGCAUGAUGGUUGGUAGCUCCAUGACUGUAACUGGUGUAACAAUGAGGCGACUCCGAGAUGAUGUUAGAAUGCAAAUAAGCCUGGUGGAAACUGCAUUGGCCCUUGGAGCAACCCCACAUCAGGCGACAAUGCAGCAAGUAAAGAGGGCUUUGAUUCUUGCACUCUCUCCUAUUUUGGACAAUGCAAAGACCGUGGGGCUGAUCUCACUUCCUGGUGCGAUGACUGGUCUUAUAAUGGGGGGUGCCUCCCCUUUGGAGGCCAUUCAGUUGCAGAUUGUGGUGAUGAACAUGCAGAUGGGUUCAACAACUGUUAGUAGCAUUAUGUCAACAUACCUCUGUUGGCCCUCCUUCUUCACCAAAGCUUACCAGUUGGAAGCCAAGGUUUUCAAUGCAGAGUAGGCUUUUCUUUUUGUUGUUCAAACCAUUCCUUACUAGAGGCAAGGUAUGAUGUUUUCUCAAAUUGAAACCCAUUGUAAUAAACUGCAAUCAUCUCAACCACUUGUUUUGCAGUCAGAUGCUCAUAUUU